UCACCCCCGAACCAACCCCCUUAUUAAAACAACUCCAAAACCCUGCCCGGUUAAAAAGAGUCUUACAAAUGUAUGGGUUACAGGAAGCAUAAAGUUAUAGCGUCUGGGAGAAAUUAGACGCAGAAAAGGACAGUUCACUACUUAAACCUGUACGCUUGGAAAAACUUGAAUGAAUUACAUCUUAACUCACCAACAUUGACUACUGUUGGAUAACGUUUUUAUUUUUUUAUGACCUGUCAUCAUCAGAAUUGACUGCCAAGAUGAUCCAACAGACCUCAUCACAUCAAACUGAUGCAAAAUAUAUAUGAUCAAUGUGUUGGGAGGAGGCGAGAAACCUGAAUGUGUUCAUUCGUUAUAUGGAAAACGUGGAUAUUGCACACCUUUACGGCACAGAUGCUCCAUGCGGGUCUGCUCUGAUUUCCCACCCAAAACUUUGAUGGAAAGGUCUGUACAGUCUCAGUGGUGCGUGCAGAGCCUCGUCGGACAUCCCUGUUAACUAACGGGACAUCUCCACAUAGCUCCUCCAAGAUGAGAUGUGAUAAAGUUGUCACCUACCUAAGGAUCGGUGGGACGACGCUGUUUGGGAUUACGCUGCUUGUGGGAAUCUCUACUGCCUACAUCAUGGGGUAUAAGCUCAUAACGACAGCAGGCAAUUAUUUGUCCUUCGGUCUUUAUGGGGCAAUUCUGGUUGUACACCUCAUCAUACAGAGUUUGUUUGCUCUGCUGGAACACAGGAACAUGAAACGAUCUCUGGAAACGCCCAUCAAGCUGAACAAGUCACUGGCCCUUUGCAUAGCUGCCUAUCAGGAAGACUCCAACUACCUUAGAAAGUGUUUGUUAUCCAUCAAGAGGCUCACAUACCCUGGCAUAAAGGUCAUUAUGGUCAUCGACGGCAACAGCGAGGACGACAAGUACAUGAUGGACAUCUUCCGAGACAUCAUGGGCCGGGACAAGGCCGCCACGUACGUUUGGAAAAGCAACUACCACGAGCGAGGCCCCGGGGAAACCGACGAAUCGUACGCUGAGAGCUUACAGCAGGUUUCUCACCUGGUUCUCAACAACAAGUGUGUGUGCAUCAUGCAGAAGUGGGGUGGGAAGAGAGAGGUCAUGUACACCCCCUUCAAAGCCCUGGGAAAAAGUGUCGACUACGUACAGGUAUGUGAUUCAGACACAAUGUUGGAUCCGGCAUCUUCAGUGGAGAUGGUGAAGGUUCUGGAGGAAGAUCCCAUGGUUGGAGGAGUAGGUGGAGAUGUGCAGAUUCUGAACAAAUACGAAUCGUGGGUCUCCUUUCUCAGCAGUGUGAGGUAUUGGAUGGCGUUCAACAUCGAAAGAGCCUGCCAGUCGUAUUUUGGGUGUGUUCAGUGCAUCAGCGGGCCCUUGGGGAUGUACAGGAACUCCCUGCUUCAGGAGUUCUUGGAGGCCUGGUACAAUCAGACGUUCAUGGGAAGCCACUGUAGUUUUGGCGACGACCGUCACCUAACCAACCGAGUUCUGAGCCUGGGAUACGCCACGAAAUACACCGCUCGCUCCAAGUGCUUGACCGAGACGCCCAUCACUUACCUACGCUGGCUCAACCAGCAGACCCGCUGGAGUAAAUCCUACUUUCGAGAGUGGCUUUACAACUCCCUGUGGUUUCACAAGCAUCACCUGUGGAUGACCUACGAGGCCGUCAUCACCGGCUUCUUCCCCUUUUUUCUCAUCGCCACCGCCAUCCAGCUCUUUUACCAGGGAAGGAUCUGGAAUAUUCUCCUGUUCCUGCUCAUUGUCCAGGUGGUGGCGCUCAUCAAGUCCUCAUUCGCCAGCUGUCUCCGUGGGAACAUCGUCAUGGUUUUCAUGUCCUUCUACUCAGUGUUAUACAUGUCGAGUCUUUUACCGGCUAAGAUGUUUGCAAUAGCCACCAUAAACAAAUCCGGUUGGGGAACAUCUGGACGGAAGACCAUCGUGGUGAAUUUCAUCGGACUCAUUCCCAUCUCCAUCUGGUUCACGAUCCUUUUCGUCGGCAUCAUCUAUACGAUCAUUCAAGAGACACGAAAGCCUUUCCCAGAGUCAGAGAAAAUCGUUUUGAUAAUUGGCGCAAUCGCGUAUGCCAGCUAUUGGGUUGUGUUUUUGACGUUGUACGUGGUCCUCAUCACUAAAUGUGGCAAGAGGAAGAAAGGCCAACAGUAUGAUAUGGUUCUCGAUGUAUAGUGUUUUCCAAACGACCCUCCCCUUUUCUACGUUUACAUUACAACCAAUCUCCGACCGCUUUCUGAAGGUGAGCUAUCCACGUGUGACAGGAAGUGACAUCGUAAGGAGACUUUAUUGCUGCUGUGACUCAUACUUGGGAUAUUCCUUUGAAGUGAAAAAGGAAAAGGUUUUAAUACGAUUCAAACUGUUAAUGAGAGCUUUUACACUCUUGAUGUUUUAGUAUUUCACCACCAAAUGACGACUUCUUUGCACUUUCACGUUCACUCUCAUUAUGCAUAAUGCUUGAUAUAGUACCUAAAGGAACCAAAUACCUCAGUGGUUAUGUUUGCAUUGUGUGAGUGUUUGGGAGUCGGAUAAGACUCGUUUUCUUAAGUAAUUUAUGAUUUUUUUAACAUUAGUUUGUUUGAUAUAUAUAUAUAAAUAUAUUCUGUAUGUAUACAAUUUUAGAUCGAAAUCCUACACGUCCGAGUAUUUUGAUUGUGCUGUACUUUUGUAUUUGCAUAAUGUAUUUUAUUGCCUUUUUAUAUAAUAGACUUGUUUAUUUUAUGCCUAGCCACGACAGAUUCUCUAUUUUCAUUAAUUUUUAAAUAUGCGUAAAUGCUUUGUGCAUUUAACUGUUGGGACAUUGUGUAUCUGACCAAAAUGUGAAAUUACGAAGCUGGAUUUGUCUCUGUGAUGACAGCGUUACAUGCCAAAUGGAGGGAUAAGUUAUUAAUUGACAAGAAUGACAAUGAACUCAUGUUAUUACAGUAAGUGUUCGAUGAAAGAUCAGACUAUUUAUGCAACACUUUGGUUUAUAGCUUUUCUUACCUGAUACUUUGCUAAAUGUUUCGUUAUAUGAAUUUGUCCUGUGAUGUUUCAUUUGAAUGUUUUGAAUUGUCGUGUCAAAUUAGUGGCAGUCCCGUACAGCCUAUGUGAGGUCGAUAUGCGGCAUUGGACUAUGCAAAAUCAGAGAUCAAAUUGCUUUGCAAGUUUUGUAGUGAGUGGAACUAGAACAUUUGCACAAAACUAAAUGAUGCACAAAA